AUGGCCGACGAGCUCUCCUUGUACUUUGAGUUCCAGUUCGAGCGCUCGAAGACCCGGCAUGCCAAGGGCUGCCCCGUUCAGAGUGCCAAGUACAGCUUCGCAGGCUGCAACAUCUUCUUGGAUGUGUAUCCUUACGGUAGUGAGGAGGAUGCAGCGGAUGUGGUGAGGUGCUUCCUGCGUUUCGCACCAUCGCAUUCGGGCGAGCAGUUCUGGUCUAUCCCAUCACUGUUCUGGAGAAUCUCCUUCUGGUGCGGGAAGAUCGAAUGGCAAUCAACCGAGCUCGAUGGGCAGACCAUCGCUCACGACAAGGACUUUAUCCAGGUCAUCUGCAGAAACCCAGGCCAAUCCCGCAAACUGCACACCGAAGUACAUCUGUGGUGCGAUCCCAAGGAAUGCUGCGACGUCAGCAAGUCGGAUUCCGCGAAGCGGCGGCGAGUAGACUACGGCGCUGCUCUGUGGGAGGACAUGAAGUUCACGGACAUGGUGAUCUGCUCGGGAGAGGAGUCCCAGGGGUUUCCCUGCCACCGGGCCGUCCUGGCGAAGAGCUCCGAGGUCUUCGACCGCAUGUUGAGCUCCGAGAUGAAGGAGAGCUCAGAAAGACGUCUCGUGCUCCAAAACAUCUGCGAGGAGACGCUCAAGGUCUUCCUCGAGUACAUCUACACUGGCUGCUAUCCCUCAGCAGGAGCCAAGCUCAGCAUUACCCAGUUGGGCGAGUUGAUGUCGGUGGGCGAGAUGUAUUCUUUUCCGAUGCUGGUCCUCGCCGCGGGAGAGCAACUCUGUGCAGCGGUUAGUCCCACAAACGUGCCGACCAUUCUGGGGCAGCUGCGCAAGUUCAGGCAUCGCCCAUGCAUUCAGGGCUUCAUCUCGGACAUCACUCAAAAGAUCAAGGAGAACCCCGACUUGCUGGAAGCUUUGGUUGCAAUUUGCUGA